CCCCCGCAAUAAAAUGGAACACUUCACCACAGAAUUCAAUGGUACCCUGUCGCAGCAUCUGGAUCGUGGGCAAUAUUUUGAAAUUGAAUUUGAGACUGUGGAGAAUCCCAAAAAAACUCAAAUUGCCUUUGCCAAGACAAAGCUGAACAAAGAUCAGGACACGGAUAUUGGAAUGUUGUUGGUCUUGAAUUAUGUGAAUAACCUGAUAACAGCCAAUUCUCGUUAUGGUGGUGAAUGGGUUAAUGCCGCUGAGGUGCAAUGUGAAAUUGCCCGGCUGUGGCGUGAACCGAUCAAGCUGACCAUUCAUUUGUGGGAGGAAAGUUUCCAUGUGGCGGUGAAUGGUAAACAUCGGAUACGCCUCAACUAUUGUGGCAAUAUUCACCUGCUGCAGGCUCUACAAAUCGAUAAUGAUGUGAGACGUAUUUUGCGGGUGGAUCAUCGUAACACAUAUCCGACCCCAUGGCCUUUGUGGUGUCGGGUACAUGCCCCCUAUGGGGAUGAAGUGAAUUAUUUUAGUUGUGAUGUUCCCGCUCCACCCUAUCAGGGUUUGAUGGUGGUUAUUCGGGUGCGUUGCUUUGGUGAAAGGGGGAGGCUGAAUAUCAAUACGAAGCAUGAAGUGCGGGGCAAGCUGUUCGCUCACUUUAGCAUCAGGUUCGAUGAGAAUUGUGUGGUACGGAAUAAUAUGGUGGAUAAUAAAUAUGGUGAGGAGGAUCGCAAUACAGAUUUUCCAUUUGAUUUUGAUCGUGAAUUCCGCCUGGGCAUCGCUUGUGGAGAGAAGGCAUUCCUACUGGCUUGCAAUGGCAUGAAUAUGGGCCAGUUUGUCUAUCGUGAUACCAGUGAUCUGCAACUGUCCACCGUGGGCGGUUUUAAUAUGUACAGCACCCAAGGUCUAAUGUUCAAGGUUACCGAAUUCGAUUAUAUCCCGCUGAAUGGCCCGGAGUGUAAAUGUUACGAAAGGCAUACAAUACAAUAAAAAU